AUGGCAACUGUCAACAAUAUCAACAUGUCUUUCAAAGCCUCUCAGCCAAAGGUUACCGGCGAUCUCCCUGAAGAUGAGCCGUUUAAUGUCCACCGUUUUACUGUCCUUAAACAGGAAACUGGUGAUGGAGUGCAAGGUGGUAGUUACCUGUAUUUCUCAGCCACGGUUGCUUUGGUCGGAGAGAGUGGGUCGGGUAAAUCUACAGUGAUUUCUCUGUUACAGAGGUUUUACGAUCCGGAUUCGGGUCAUAUAAAUCUAGACGGAGUUGACCUCAAGAAGCUGCAACUAAAAUGGCUGAGACAACAAAUGGGGCUCGUAGGACAAGAGCCUGUAUUGUUCAACGACACCAUACGAGCCAAUAUUGCUUACGGAAAAGGUGGCAAUGAAGCCACGGAGGCUGAGAUUUUAGCUGCCUCGCAGCUCGCUAACGCACAUAGCUUCAUAUCUAGUAUACAACAGGGUUACGAUACGGUGGUGGGAGAGAGAGGAAUACAGUUGUCAGGUGGACAGAAGCAGCGCGUGGCAAUUGCACGUGCUAUCGUGAAAGAACCUAAGAUUCUGUUACUAGACGAAGCAACUAGCGCGUUGGACGCAGAAUCUGAGCGGUUGGUCCAAGCCGCGCUUGACCGGGUGAUGGUCAACCGGACCACCGUAGUAGUGGCUCACAGGCUUUCGACGAUCAAGAACGCUGACGUCAUAGCCGUAGUCAAGAACGGUGUGAUCGUAGAGAAUGGGACGCAUGAGACGUUGAUCAAUACCGAAGGUGGUGUUUAUGCCUCGCUCGUUCAACUUCACAUCAAUGCUUCUAAUUGA